AUGCCUGCGACCAUAUGGUCAACCGUAUGUCCCAUAUUUACAGUCGUAAUAACCGUACAUUUACAGCGAAAUACGGUUAUGGAGAAACUGUACACCAUAACCAUAUACCCCAAGGCUGAAGUGCCGACUGGCCCGAUCAUCAAGGAGGAAAGCUCUGGGAGCCUGCUUUCACAUGGGACUUCGAAGGCAGAUGCUAUCAAGGUGGAGAAGGUUGCAAUCUGGCCUGUGGACUUCUAUGUCAUCGACAUUGCUAACAGAUUCAACUUAUGCAAGAAAGCAGCUGACUCACGACACAAAGUGUCUCAGGUUUUUAUCAAACACUUUGGUGUGCCCUUCAAAGCUUCUAUGUAUUAUGACAAUAGGAAGGUGUGGGACCUGGAGGUGAACCGAGCACUUCGUGAGCGCUUUACUGACUAUGGUCACACAGAGAAAGGAUGCUGGACCACCUUCAUGAAGAAGGCACAGCAGCCUGCCAAGUAG